AUGGUGCGGCUCGACGAGCUCGACGAGACCGUCGCGCCCGCGCAGCUUCAACUGCACGCGUCGCCCGUCACCGCCGUCCCCGGCCUGUGGCUGGCGAGCCGCGACGCGUGCGCGACGCCCGCGGCGGCGGCGCAGCUGGAGUCCGCCGGGGUGAGCUCGAUCCUGGUCUUCGGGCCCACCGGACGGUGGGUCGACGACGACGUCUUCGGCGGGGACGGACGCGUCCACGUCUACGCGCGCGCGACGAACGGCGCGCUCAUCACCAACCUGAAGGACGCCUGCGACUUCCUCGCGCGCGCCCUCCCAGGCGGCGUCGCGUGCGUCAGCGACGAACGAGGCGACGACGGUGACGCAUCGGGGGGCGGGGACGGGGAGCCCGGCGCGGCGUUCGUGUGCGCCGCGUACAUGAUCGUGGCGAAGGGGAUGGGCGCGCAGGAGGCGGCGGAUGCGGUGGAGACGAGCAGGCCGGGAUGCGGGCUCAGAGCCCACGACGAGUUCAUGAAGAACCUGAGGUUCCUGCAGAGGAACGGCAUACCCGAUUGGGCCUAG